AUGGAUAACUACGACUACAUAAUCAUCGGCGCAGGAGUCGGUGGUCUUGUUUUGGCAAAUCGUCUAAGCCAAGAUCCUUCCAUCAAUGUCCUCCUCAUUGAAGCUGGCGCCAAUCGGAUGGGCGAUCCUCGUAUCGAGACCCCUGGAUUUUUGGCCACUAUGUAUGGCAACCCGGACUUUGACUGGGAUUACAUGAGUGUGCCGCAGAUCCAUGCAAAGAACCGACAAAUUGGCCAGCCCCGCGGUCGCGUUGUUGGCGGCUCUUCCGCAUUGAAUUUCUCCGCGGUUGUAUACCCAACUGCAUCAAACUUUGAGGCGUGGAAGGCGCUGGGAAAUGAUGGCUGGGGUGCCGAGGAUAUGGCUCCUUAUCUUCGGAAAUUCCACUCGUAUGCUGCACCCAGCGAGGCCACAGCGGAGCUGCUCGGCACAAGUCGAUACAUGAAAAUUGAUAACCAAGGAUAUGAUGGUCCUAUCCCAAUAUCUCUGCCAGAUGUGUAUGGCCCGUUCAACAAGGCCUGGAACGAGACAUUUGCGGAAUUGGGCUGGGAAACCGAUGCUGAUCCUCUUGAUGGCCACAAACUGGGCGCUUUUACUUGCCCGCUAAGCGUCGAUGUCAAGACGGGGAAAAGAGGGUAUGCAGCAGCAUACUACUCCCCCGAGGUCGCGGCGCGGCCGAACCUACGCCUGCUCGCAGAGACAAUGGUCGAACGAAUCCUCUUCUCCCAACAAGAGGGAGAUGUCAUCGCCACUGGGGUGGUGGUCAAGACUCAUGACACUUCAUAUGAGAUCAAGGCAAAGAAAGAAGUGAUCCUCUGCGCAGGCAGCAUAAACUCCCCGCAAUUGCUCGAGCUCUCGGGCAUCGGCUGUGCAGAUCUUCUGCAGACCCAUGGCAUCCCGGUAGUCAUCGACAAUCCCGCCGUGGGCGAGAACCUCCAAGACCACAGUAUCACGAGCAUCAACUUUGAGAUCGCCGAUGGCCAAGUCUCGGGCGAUAUCAUGCGUGAUCCUAACAUUGUCCAGGCACUCAUCAAGCUCUACGAGGAGACGCACGGAGGCCCGCUGGCAGGCAUGCCUCUCAGCAUGGCCUAUCUCCCGUUAGUAGAUGGAACCGGUGCCGUGCCGAAAGAAGAAAUUGACACCCUGCUCUCUAAAUACCUCGACAACGAUAACACUCCAGCCAACCUUCAAGCGCAAUAUUCUCACCUCCGCAAGAUGCUCCUCCAAAGCGACGAUGCCUCCUCGCACUACCUCUUCCUCCCUGCGCAACUCCACAUGAACCCAGGCAAGACGACCCUCACUGACGUGCUGGCGAAAACACUCCCGGAGAACUACAUCUGCAUCAUGAUGCUGCACAACCACCCAUUCUCGCGGGGCUCGGUUCACAUUUCCUCCGGAAAGAGUGAAGAUAAGCCCAUUUACGACCCGAACCUGCUGUCGCACCCGCUCGACCUAGAGAUCAUGGCCCGGCAGUUGCAGUUCGCGGAGCGCAUUGCUGAGACAGCGCCAUUCUCUGCUCUUCUGAAGGCCGGAAAACGCAUGCCUGAGAAUACGACCGACUUGAGUGACCUGGACCAUGCGAAGGAUGUCGUUAAGGAUCGCUUGUAUACGUGUUUCCAUCCCGCGGGCUCGUGUGCUAUGUUGCCGAGGGAGAUUGGAGGUGUUGUUGAUUCUGAGCUGAAGGUUUAUGGGACGAAGAAUUUGAGGGUUGUUGAUGCUAGCAUUUUCCCACUUGAGCCCAGUGGUAAUAUUCAGGCUUCUGUUUAUGCGGUUGCUGAGCGAGCCGCGGAUUUGAUUAAUCCUAGAAGCUAG